AUGGGGUGUGCAGCCAGCGCCUCCGACGGACUUUCGCCAGCGAAGCCUGCGGUGCGCCUGCAGCGGCAGAAAGCUGACAUUGGUUGUAGCUUUCGAAGGGUGGUCCCGAGCCGUAUCGAUGACGACAUGGAUGGCAGGGCUCGGGACCAGCAGCCAACUGCCCCAACUUCCAGACAACAGCGGAUGGUGAAACUCCACGACUUGCGGGCCAAGCGUCGAGAUGUGCGCUCGACCAGCGAAGAUACGGCUUGCGACAGUAUGAAGGAAUCUGCUGCACCUUCUGCGGCCGGCGUGUCGCAGGAGCUUCCCGGUUUCGAAAACGUGGUUGAGGUCGAAGCUUCACUCCUCGAAAGCUGGAAAUCUUGGAGCAGCCCCCGCUUGAGGGAUUCUGAAGGCAGACCAGUACCUUCACCUCCAGAUCGGCAUCUUCACUACAGGCACAUUGCACGAAUGGACCAGCUGCAGAAGGAUGUGGAGGAGGCACACACUGCCUUCGAGCAGGUUGUGGCCCUCCGCCGCGGUGAUGAAGCAUACGUCGCGGCUGGCCAGGGCCUAGUGGAGCCGCAGGUGCCUGCUGUCAGCGGACUGCAUCUUGAAUGA